ACGUGUCGCCAUGGUAACCGCUGUAGCUCCGGCAGGUCCGGUCAGCUCGCGGCGCAUCCCGCUUCAACAGGAGGAGAACAGCAGGAGAACAGCAGGAGAACAUGGCCGCUGCUUGUAGAGGAAUAAAAGUGAAGUAGAGGAAGUGUCAGUGAGUUAGUAGAGCAGCGCUGGUGCUUUGCUCUGCAAACACAUGACGCCGUCACAGAGAGGCCGGUAUGACGCUAAAUGGAGAAUGGCAGCGCCUCCUAACAUUCCCUCGUUGAAGCGUCCUGGUGGGAUACCCCAGCCAUGGCCCAUCCGCCCCCACCCUGCAGGGCAGGUCCAUAGGUCCCACUUCCUACAUCCUCCUCCUCCUCCUCCCACUCAUCUGCCUCUUUUCCACACCCGCCAUGCAGAGGAGAGCGCAGAGAGGCCGCAUCUGGUCACCAUCGUCCACCCCAGUGGUCGGAGUACACUGCGGAAGGUAACAGUCUUGUUGAACCGCAGGGGCGUGGUGUCCUUCGAGCAGCUGCUACUGGAUAUCUCAGAGGCGUUGGGAUUUCCUCGCUGGCACAGGGCAAGAGUUACACGCCUUUACACGACCCACGCACGAGAGGUGAAAGGUGUGUGUGACUUCUUCAGAGGAGAGGUGGCCUUCCUGGCGCUGGGUAAGGCACGUCCAGAGCUGAGCAGCAUGCAGGAGGCUCUGGAGGAGCUCUUUCCAGAGCAUUCCCAUUACCGAGCUGACGCUCUCCGGGCCUGGGUGAAAAGACUUAUCCCAGCACCAGACAAAGCUGCUAAGGCCGACAGCGGAUACAGCGAGGGGGCAGAGAGCAACGACACUAACCAAGAGACACAACAGGACACAAAUACACACGUCAAAAAUCAUACUAAUACACACAAACAUCACAAUAUAGACGCCCACUACCCUGACAAUUAUCACCCAGAUGUCCAGAAGUCUAACAAAAAGAGUUCUUGCAGAAAACCAGCUCACCUUCCCAACCACCUGCAGAGGUUACACGUGAGGGGCGGGGUCAGAGAGCGACAGCCUUCCAUCAUUGGUCCAUUUAAACAUGAGGAGGGUCUCAGAGAAGCAGAAAUACCCUCCCCUACACUGUGUGAGAACUGCUUAGCGAUAAGAGCUAAACAUCAGGGGACAGAACGGGUCAAUCCCCUGUCAGGGAGGGUCCCACUUCCUCCGGUGGCGAGAAAGCAAAAAAAUUGUUCUCAUAUAGAACAAGAGGUGAGAAAGGUGGAUGUUCCUCUCAGCCCUCCACCUCCUCAAACAAUCAACAGGGAUGAGGAGAAGAGUCUGGCACGGUCACACCUUUUAAAACCACUUCCCGAUGUGGGUCCGGCACGGAAAGACGCACAGCAGGCGACGACCUUUGACCUUCGUUCAGACGGCAGCGACGUCACCCUGUCAGAUAUUGAGCGUUGCUACGAGAUAGGACGUGUGGUCGGAGAUGGGAACUUUGCGGUGGUGCGAGAGUGCCGCCGUCGUGACACCGGGCAACCCCUCGCCAUAAAGAUAAUCGAACGCUCCAAGCUGAUCGGUCGGGAGCACAUGAUGCAGAACGAGCUGAGCCUCCUGGGAAGCCUGUGUCACAGACGCAUCGUGCGGCUGUUCGCUAACCACCACACAUACAGUCACUCGUACCUGGUGAUGGAGCUGGUGACGGGGGGGGAUCUGUUUGAGGCCAUCAGCGAGCGGGGGAAGUUUUCCGAGGCAGAGGCGGGACUGAUGGUGUCAGACAUGAGUGACGCUUUAAAUUACAUCCACGUCAAGAGCAUUGUCCACCGAGACCUCAAACCAGAAAACCUGCUGAUAGAGCAUGUGGCAGGUGGCAUCUGCCGGCUGAAGCUGGGAGACUUUGGUCUCGCUAUGGUUGUAACUGAACCAGUCUUCACCAUAUGUGGAACGCCAACAUACGUAGCCCCAGAGAUUCUCUUUGAGACAGGUUAUGGUAUAGAAGUGGACGUAUGGGCUCUGGGUGUUAUCCUCUACAUCCUGCUGUGUGGCUUCCCCCCAUUUCGCAGUCGGGAUCGGGACCAGGAAGAGUUGUUCCAGCUAAUAAAACAGGGGGAACUACACUUCCUGUCCCCCUACUGGGACCCCAUCUCAGAGGAAGCCAGAGGUCUUGUCAGAGCUCUGCUUCAGCCAGAUCCCACAGUGAGGUUGACAGCUGAGCAGACCCUGCUGCAUCCCUGGGUGGAGGCUAUGGCUUCGGUUUACAGCCAGGGGGCGCUCACAGACAAAACACAGAGGAACACCACAGACACUAGUGCAGAAUCAGAGAGAGUUCAGAGAGCAGCUCAGACCAAAGCAACAGAAACAACAACAGACAAAAGAUCAGGAGUCACUGGCAGAGAAGGAGAAAUGACACACAAAGAGCUCAGCAGAACUGAUGCGAGACAAACUGAGAUGAAGACAGGGAGAGGGCAAGAUGAGGACAAACAAUCAACAGAGACAAGUGCAGUUCACACCAUAUCUACACAGAUCAAAGUGCACACAAAGACUGAGGACACAUCUCGUCAACAGAAAUCAGACUGCAUGUCUACACCCAGCAGGGAGCCCAGCAGGCGAGAAAUACAAGAUCCAGGCCCUGAGGUGUCAAACACAGGCUGCGAAACAGGAAGCCCAAUCAGCCCAGGAGUUGAAGGCAGUCAUCUUGGUGCCCCUGCAGCAGAAACUGAACUUCUAUCCCACAUUAAGACACAGUCACAACAAAACAGCCACCAGCAGACACCUCCAGAUUCACCACAACACCACCCAGCCUCCCAACCAGCGGCUUCCUUAUCUUCUUCAUCACCGUGAUGAGCCGAGGCCUCACACCGCCGUCAUCCACCCACCUACACAAACACACUGUCCUGACCUGACUGUCAAUCUCGUGUUUAACUGUGUGAUUAGAUCAGGGUCAUCACUUUCAUUGUUACGGACAAUGCAGCUGAUUUCUUGGCAGCUGAAUCCUUGAAUGGCCCCACAGAUAAUGUGAUGUGCUCUCUGGGGAUUGAAUAGCACCUGAUUCACGGGGGAAGAUAAAUCUCAUAAAUGUGUGUAAUCCAUUUACCCUGAGUAGUCAUAAAUCGAUCAUGAAAUGUUGUGAUGACCAAGGUGUGUGUGCAUCUAGAGGAGGAUGGGACACUGAACACUGUUGAAAUGAGUGGAAUACACUUGAUCGUCUGAUAUUUAAACAUAUUUUGUUGUUGUUCCUAAUGCUGUUGUGUAUUCAUGUGAUGAUGUUUUAGCACAUGUCUGGAGUGUUUUUGUUUUGGUCGACCAUCUGUCUUUUCAGGCCAACCAUGUUUACCUUUGAGAAGAUAUCAUGUUCCUGCCGUAUCUAUUUUUGAUUGCUAGUGUGACAACACUGAUCUGCCCUAUAGUCCAUUCCUAGAAGUCUGUAUCAUUUAACUAGCAACAUUAGUGUACUACAUGUUCAUAAGCUAAAGAUAACUUUAUUUUGCUCAUAGUAACACUUUGCCAUAUUUACCGCUCUUUUGCCAUCUUUCCACCGACAGUGUGAAGGCCCUAUUGCUUUUCAUUUGAUUAUUCAGGCAAAUGAAUCGCAUAUUUGAUGGCUUGAACAUACUCAAAAACUCACCAAACUUCACGGGCACGUCAGGCCUGAUGAAAAUGUACGUAUUCUGGAGUAAUUUGAAAUAGGUGUGGCAAAAUGGCUCAACAGCGCCCCCGAAAUUGCAGCAAUUUCGUCUGGUUUAACCGAUCUUCGGUACACGUGUAUCAUGACCGGAUGAAAAAAAACAGUUCCAGUACCAAUUUGAUUAAAGUAACAGGAAGAUGGCUAUUUUGGAUUUUGUGGCCAUUUUGCACUUUGUGUAUUUUAACAAACUCCUUUUGGAGCUUUCAUCAGAUCGACUUCAAAUUCGGUGAGUGUCAUUUUAACAAGAUUGAGAUUAAAACUAACUCAAAUUGUGA